UUCCAAGGCUUCAAUCACCCCUGCUGUCUCUUGCCCUAGGGCUAUACUCUCUGACCCUUCUCAUUUGCCUCACGCGCGACAACAGCCAACAUGGCCACCCCUCAAUUCCCUUAUUCAAUGAAAAUCUCCCUUCCCCUUCCCACGAACCGUCUCGCCUCUGCCGCGCUCCGCAGCCUCGAAGUCGACGCCGAGCUGUCUCAGUUCGUCCAGCGGGACCUCGAACUGGUGCACCCCUCGAAAGAAGAAACCCAGACAGCAGACGAGUCAGGCACGACGGUCCUGGAUAUCACGUACCGGGCUACUACGAACCGGAUGUUGCGGGUGGCGGUGAACGGGUUCAUGGAGAGCGUGGGGGUCGUUCUGGGGGUGAUGGAGGAGCUGGACGUGGAUGUUUUGGAACAUGGGGAGGAAUGAACAAUGAUUGUUGAAUGGUAACGAGAUUAUGAUCCUCUUCCGUCUCAUUUUCACCUCGAAGGCCAGCUGUUCGUUACCUCCGUGUGGGGCACAGCGACGACGCAUGCUCCGAGGCGUUCUGUUAUGCUCUCUGGGUGGAUGGGCCCAGACACAGAGCCAGCAUCAUUCGGGAGAUCGCGCGCCGGCUACGACAUGAUUCUACGGGGGAAAUAGAUUGGUAUACUGGCUGCUCAGACAAGGGGAUGGGUUUGACGUGUUAUAUUGAAUGAGGUGCAGGUUACCUUGGACAAUUGCAUACGGCAUAACCGUCCCCCAUUCGAGUGUGGACUGCAGUGGGGAAUGACGCGCCGGGCUAGGUUAGGACAGAACAUUGACAAGGGACAGAGCAUCGUCAUGUCUUUCGGAGGAAAGUCCAUGUUAUCCCACCUCUACCAGUCCGGACCUGGGAACCUCAGCGCACGUGGCAGAAGGUUAAUGUGAGCUUGAGCAGAGCGUGGUUCAAUACAGCCUAGGUUUUAUCAUGUCAUCAUGGUUAUUAGUAUCUUUAAUC